UUCCGCCGUCACACCAAUUUUGAAAUCCGAACGGCCGGUUCCCGCCAUCUUUGAUUUUUGGUUUCGCGAAGUGGGUUUUGCUCUUUUGGCACUGACUGGACUGACUGUGCUUUUGGACUGCUGGUGACCAGGUGGUGAUGAGUGGGUGAAGUGCUGGAGUGUGAUCGGGAGCGUCGGGAUAGCGGAUGCGCAGAUCCCUGCAAGAUGCAACCGUUCCAGUCGAGCGCGCGGCCCGAGGGUCCCCGGGAGUCGUCCCCCGAGCGGGCCAAGUCCCCCGACACGCCCCCCGCCCCCGUCCUCAACUUCUCCAUCGCGCGCCUCAUGGAGCCUGACCGGAAGAAGUCCACCUCUCCCGACACACCAAGCCCAGGCUUCCUCUCUUACGGCGCUCAGCUCCUAGACUCUGCGUUUAAACAGUACAUCCCCGCAGCCAGAAGACAGUUCUCCCACUAUCCUCUGUUGUACUACGGGCCGGAUUUGCUGUCGUAUGCCCAUCAGCUGCACCUGCCCCGGCCGCCAGCGCCGCCGUCCCCGGUGCAGAGACCACCCAGUCCGCGGCCGCCGGCUGCCGACCACGCCGUCUCCUCCACCACCGGCCCAGCCACCUCCCCAGCCAAGAACAAGAGCUUCGCGUGCGGAGAUUGUGGAAAAGUCUUCAAUGCGCACUACAACCUGACCCGACACAUGCCGGUCCACACUGGUGCUCGGCCAUUCGUGUGUAAAAUCUGCGGUAAAGGAUUCCGGCAAGCGUCCACGUUGUGCCGGCACAAGAUCAUCCACACUUCCGAAAAGCCUCACAAGUGCAUGACGUGUGGAAAGGCCUUCAACCGCUCGUCCACCCUCAACACCCACGCCAGGAUCCACGCUGGGUACAAACCCUUCGUCUGCGAGUUCUGCGGAAAGGGUUUCCACCAGAAGGGCAACUACAAGAACCACAGACUGACCCACAGCGGGGAGAAGGCUUAUAAAUGCAACAUCUGCAACAAGGCGUUCCACCAGGUGUACAACCUGACGUUCCACAUGCACACUCACAACGAGCGAAAGCCGUUCACCUGCAGUAUAUGCGCUAAGGGUUUCUGCAGGAACUUCGACCUGAAGAAGCAUACGAGGAAGCUGCAUUUAGGGGUGGGAGGGUCUAACAACGAUUCGUCUUUGGACACUCAGGAUGAAUCGACCCAAGAGGCGACGCCUAGUCCCCUGAAGGAGACGUCCCGGGUGGCUUUCAGACCCUUCCUGGGCUCCGGGUACCCUCGCAUGCUGGACCCGGCUCGUAUGACGGCGCCAAGCGCGUUCUUCUCGAAGUUAUUGUGACCCGGGGCCGGCUACUUCAAUAGUUUUGGAGAUCCGGGCAACGAAUGAAUUGAUUAGGAUUUGAUGUUUGGUUUAGUCAAAGUGAUGAAGUCAGUAUUGUAAAGUUUAUAAAAUACUAUUACUUAUACUUAUGUAAGUAAUCUAUAUUCCUAUACCUACGUGUAAAUAAAAAUAUUUAGUUAGUCAAAUUAGUCAAUAUCUGGCCGAGGUUGGUAAUGAUAAGGAGGUUAAUUACCUACUUCAUUUUAAGAUUUUCUGGCCAUUUCGGCAUUGAAAUUAAAGAACUUUGGAUCUCUUGU